ACUCAGUGCCUUAUUCAGUCUUCUCUCUCGCUCUCUGCGCUGCUGUAGCCGGACCCUCCGCCUUCGCCACCGCUCAGCAUCUGCACAUCCCUACAAUGGCUAAAACAGCAAUGGCCUACAAGGAAAAAAUGAAGGAACUGUCCAUGCUGUCCCUGAUCUGCUCUUGCUUCUACCCGGAACCUCGCAACAUCAACAUCUACACUUACGAUGAUAUGGAAGUGAAGCAAAUCAACAAGCGUGCCUCUGGCCAGGCUUUUGAGCUGAUCUUAAAACCACCAUCUCCCAUCUCAGAAGCUCCACGAACUUUAGCUUCUCCCAAGAAGAAAGACCUGUCCCUGGAGGAGAUCCAGAAAAAACUGGAGGCUGCAGAGGAAAGAAGAAAGUCUCAGGAGGCUCAGGUGCUGAAACAGCUGGCGGAGAAGCGGGAACACGAGCGAGAGGUCCUCCAGAAGGCUCUGGAGGAGAACAACAACUUCAGCAAGAUGGCAGAGGAGAAGCUGAUCCUGAAGAUGGAACAAAUCAAGGAGAACCGUGAGGCGAAUCUAGCUGCUAUUAUUGAACGUCUGCAGGAAAAGGAGAGGCAUGCGGCGGAGGUGCGCAGGAACAAGGAGCUGCAGGUCGAACUGUCUGGCUGAAGCGACGGAGGGUAUGGCACGCCCCACCAUUAGUAAAUCCCCCUGCCUAUAUUAUAAUGGAUCAUGCGAUAUCAGUAUGGGAAAUGUAUGACAUGGUUUAAAAAAGAACU